AUGAGUGGUGGUGCAGCAGCAGCAUCAGCUCCACGUAAACAAGCAGUUGAUAAUGCCAGUAAUUCAAAAGUAGUGACAGUAGUUGCAACACGUGGCCGUGGCAAUGAAAUAUCUGAAGAAAUAUCUUAUACAGAUACAAAAGUUAUUGGUAAUGGAUCAUUUGGAGUUGUAUAUCAAGCUCGAGUUGUACAUUCAAAUGAGCAAGUGGCUAUAAAAAAGGUUUUACAAGAUAAAAGAUUUAAAAAUCGAGAACUACAGAUUAUGCGACGACUUGAUCAUCAAAAUAUUGUUCAAUUAAAAUAUUUCUUCUUUUCAUCUGGUGACAAAGUAAAUCAGAAAGAAGAAGUUUUCUUAAAUCUUGUACUUGAAUUUAUACCUGAAACGGUCUAUCGUGUCGCACGUCAUUAUACAAAACAAAAGCAAACCAUUCCGAUACUUUAUGUCAAAUUGUAUAUGUAUCAAUUAUUUCGUGCAUUGGCUUAUAUACAUUCAUUUGGUAUUUGUCAUCGGGACAUUAAACCUCAAAAUUUAUUACUCGAUCCGGAAUCAUCCAUAUUAAAAUUAUGCGAUUUUGGAAGUGCCAAACAAUUAAUUAAAGGUGAACCAAAUGUUUCAUAUAUAUGUUCACGUUAUUAUCGUGCACCGGAAUUAAUUUUUGGCGCCAUUGAUUAUACAUGUUAUAUAGAUGUUUGGUCAUCUGGAUGUGUUUUUGCUGAACUUCUUCUUGGUCAACCAAUAUUUCCGGGUGAAAGUGGUGUUGAUCAAUUAGUCGAAAUAAUCAAAGUAUUAGGUACACCAAGUCGUGAACAAAUCCGACAAAUGAAUCCGAAUUAUCAAGAAUUUCGUUUUCCUCAAAUAAAAGCUCAUCCAUGGAAUAAGGUUUUUCGUAAUCGUACACCACAAGUGGCAAUUGAACUUGUAUGUCGUUUACUUGAGUAUACGCCAGCUACACGAUUAACACCACUUGAAGCUUGUGCACAUACAUUUUUUGAUGAAUUACGUGAUCCUGAUACGCGAUUACCAAAUGGAACCCUUCCACCACUUUUUAAUUUUAGCCAAUUAGAAUUAAAUAUAAAUUCAACGCUCAAUUCACGUUUAAUUCCUCCGCAUAUGCAAGGUCAACAAACAGUAGCAGCUAGUAGUAUUGCUGGUUCAUCAUCAAAUUUAGCAGCAACUAAUGCAUCAGCUACAGGUGGUAAUACAACAGGAGUAUCGGUGACAACAUCAAGUAUUAAUGAAAAAUCGAUAACACCAUCAAAUAAUACUCCACCAUCAUCCGUUGUGCCAACAGUAGCAGCAUCAGGAAUAACAGCAACAAAUUUGAAUGGACCUGGAGAAAAUGAUGCUAUGAGUAGUCUUGAUGAACAGACAACAACAAGCGGUGAUUCAAUUAAUAAAGAUCGUCCUUAA